AUGUCAGGAUCUCCCUUUAUCCCCGACAACAGCAUCUGGUCCAAUGCUGCCGUCUCGUCCCACAGCUCCCGUCCCCACAGCCCGCACAUGCCCGGCUCGCUCAGCUUCGCCGGCGCGCCGCCCACCUCCGACCCUUCCAGGCAGCCCACGUCGGAUCGCACCGACGCCGCUCGCCUCGCCGCCCACCCGCUGCCCAGCCGCCCCGUCCAGUCCCACGGACAGAGGUCUGCCUCGGUCUUGUUCCUUCGCGGCAACGCCCACGACGACCACACCCGCUCCCUCGACUCGCACCCCGCAAAGCAGAGCCCCGGCGCCAUCGGCGGCCAUCGCAUCCCUUCCCGCGACAUGGGCCCGCACCUCAGCAGGUCAAACAGCCUGGCCGCCUCCGUCAGCAGCUUCCGCUCCGCCAACUCGGCCUCGCCCGCGCCCUCGUUUGUCACCAACCCGGCCACCGACCUCGACACCCCCAUCUCGGCGGGCAAGCAUCUCUUUCAAAGGCAGAACUCGACCAAUGGCGCGCUCACCGGCUCGCCCACCUCAAAGGACCACCACUUCUUUCAAUCGGGCAGCCUUAGCCCCAACCCGGCCGCCCAUGGUAGCCGCGACAACAACGUCAGUGGCGAGACCGACUACGGAACCCCCCGCCUCUUCCUCGACAGCCAGCAUGUCUUUGGCGGCGGCGGCGGCGAUGGCAGCGCAGGAGCACGGGGCGACGGCGGCAUUACGCAUCUCGACGGCCAAGGCUGGGAUCUCGAACGAAGUCCCUCGCUGAGGAGCAACGCUGGCGGACACGCAGCAGGUCGGCCGCGACCAAAGUCCUGGAUCCAGCCGCAGAACAUCGGAUCCUCGUUGUCGCAGCAUGGCGAUCGCACCGUCAGCCAGCCGCAUCGUUCCGACAGCGCCGAUGACCGCGGCUCGGGUCGUGCGGCCAGCGCGGGUGUGCCCAGUCCCAAGGCGAGCCUCGGCUUCGACGACUCUACACAGGGAGACGGCCAUUCGGCGACACAGGGGUACCCCUUCCCUGCCUCGGCUGUGUCUCAGAGAUCGGUCUCGCACGCGCAGCCCAGCGAUGCUCAGCUCCGUCACGACAAUGCGCCGGGCGGUUCUCCACACGCGGACAGCGGCGGCGGAGUAGGUCCGCUCACCAGCAGUCCCAUCGAGUCUUCUGACGGGCAGCUCCACCACUCGAGCCUGUCGGUGCACGAUGCGGGUCAGCAAAGGCAGCGGCAGCAGCAGCAGUCUCGGAGUUCAAACGCGCGGGGUGGCGACCGUGGCGGCGGCUCUCCCGCUCCCACUUCGGCCGGCUUCGCCGCCGCACAGAAUGCUAGCGGCGGGCGUGGCACGCCUUCGCUCAACCUGCCCCGUAACCUCAACCUCGUCGGCGGGCUCCUCUCACCGACGGCAGCCACGGUCGGGAGCAUGGCCGCGGCGCCGGCGCUGUCGCCGCUCGGCAGUCCCAGCUUCGCUCACAGAGCAGAGCACCACGGCCACCAGGCUGUGCAAGAGUCCCCGAGUAGCGGCGCUCUGGACGAUCAGCUGAGGCAGAGCGCCCUUUUGAACGAGCUCAUCGACCGCUUGGGCCGAGUCGAGGCUGGGAUGAAGGACUUCUCACGGCAAGUGUCUGGCAUCUCUCGCAACGUGUCGCUGCUGCUCGAGCGCACAAAGGCGCUGCCGCCUGCCAGCCUGGCAGGCGGAGGCGGCGCGGCUGCAGCCACCAACAGCGGCAAUGCCGGAACGUUGGGCGCCGGCCAGCCGGCGGUGCUACCCGGCGCAUCGCAGGACGAGAUUCGCGCUCUCAACUCGCAAGUUGCAGCGCUGGCGAGCAGCGUCUCGCACCUGCUGACGGUACAGGGCACCGGCGCCAGCGCUGGCGGCUCGAUGUCGCAGCUGGCCGGCCUGGGCAUCGGCGCCACGCCGUACCUCGGCACCCCGCAGCUUGGAGGACCAGGCGGCGGCAUCGAGCGCACCGGCUCUCCUCGCGUCGGCGGACCGCUGGACGCCAUCGGUAGAGGUCUCAGUCCUCGGCCGGGAAUGGGCGGACGUGGCUGGUCGUCCAACAGCGCAAACGCGGCCGCCAAGGAGGCCAACGAGGCGCGUUGGAGCGCCCUAGGGGGAGGUGGCGCCGCUGCGGCAAACGGACGAAAGGACGGCCUCGGACUCGGUCCGGGCACGCCGAGCCUCGAAGAUGCGUCGCGUGACAGCGGUGCGCCGGUGGCGGGCUCAGGCUUCACCCUGCCCAACGCCAUCGUCACCAAGUGGGAGCACCUCAACCUGCACCCUGACCUCCUCCGCUCAAUCCUCAAGUACGGCCUGGGCCCGCCCAACAAGAUCCAGCAGCGUGCCCUGCCCUUCCUGCUGCGCGGCAGCGACAUCAUCGCCCAGGCGCCGCCGACGCAGGAGCGCAUCGCCUCGUACGUGAUCCCGGCGCUGCAGCUUGUGCUCAACGCCGGCCGCGAGAAUGCAGCUGCCGAGGGCCUGGCGGCCAGCCUGGGCGGCCGUCUCAAUCUGGGCAGUGGCGUGCCGCCACCGACGCGGGGCCCGGUGGCGCUCAUCAUUUCGACCACCGUCGACCAGGCGACGCAGGCCCAGCGGAUGGCGCUCGGCCUGGGAGCCUCGCUGGGCAUCAGGGUCCACAUCGCCGCUGCCGGCGGCAUCGACGUCCACCAGGAGGCGCAGGCCGUCGUCCAGAGCUGGCCGCACAUCGUGGUCGGCACGCCACAGAAGAUGAGCGAGCUCUUCACCUACCUCACCAACAACGCCGCCUCGCUAUCCGGCAUGGGCGUCAUGGGCAACGGAGCUGGCGGCGUUCCUCCUCCCAUCAGCACGGCCGAGGUGCGCCUGGUGGUGCUGGACGAGGUGGACCAGCUGAUUGCCCGCAACCUGGCCGACCACGUCAGCACGCUCCUGCGGGUGCUGCCCCAGCCCUCGCCCCCGGCGGGCAGGACUCUGGGCGCGGGUGCAGCGGGUGCCGCCAUCGCAGCCAUGAGCCCCGGGCUUCCAUCCAACUCUGGCGGCAUCUUCAAUUUUGGCGAUGGCGGCGCCAAGGACGCUGGCGCAUCUGGCGUUGGUACGACCAGCCUGGACCGGCAGGUGGCCCUCUUCUCGAACACGGUGCCGCAGGAUGUGCUCAACUUUGCCCAGUCGAUCCACCUGCGCGAGUCGGUCCGCGUGCUGGUCCGGCGGGAUGGCGGAUCUGCGCUGCCUGCCGGGACCACCGGAGGAGGCGCGGGGGCUGCGAUGGGAGGCGUGGGGAGCGUCGCUGCGCCGCAGAGCGGCUUCCUGCCGAGUCGGCCAGGCCAUGGCCGCGAGGGCACUCAGCCGUCCAACGCGUUGGGCGCGCAUCCGGUCAACUCGAGCAUCAACGUCCUCAAUGAUCCGAUCAUUGCGGCGCUCAAGGGACUGCGGCAGUACUACCUCUACGUCGCCGUCACGUCCAACGGCGGCGGAGGCAUGGCCAGUCCGAACCCAGGCAUGGGCCCGCACGCGGCCAACGAGAUGAAGCUUGACCUCAUCACCGACCUGAUGGAGGACAUCGAGUACGGCCAGGCGGUCGUCUACUGCGCCAACUCGGUCACGCUCGAGGCCGUCAUCUACAAGCUGGCGUCCAAGGGCGUCGAGGCGGUCGGCCUCACGCGCGAGAUGAACAGCUACACGCGCCAGCAGAUGCUCGCCCGGUUCCGCAGCCCGACGAGCCAGUUUGGCACGGGCAACAUGGUGGGCACGCCCACAUUUGCGCAGCCCGCUGGCUUUGCGGGCGGCGGCGGCGGCGGUGCGAGGACGAAAAAGGUGCUCGUCGUGUGCGACAUGGCCGUGCACCCCAAGGAUGUCCACCAGGUGCCGCUGAUCGUGUUCUACGACAUGCCGCGGUCCGUGGACGAGUACAAGGAAAAGAUCGCUUGCGCCUCGGCGGGCGCCAUGGCACGGCCGAGCGUGUGCAUCAAUGUCGUGACGGCCUCUGGAGGCCCGCGCGGCGACGUCGAGAUGCUGCGGACGCUCGAGUGCCACCUGGGCUGCAAGAUGGCCGAGCUGCCCAUCGACGCCAAGCAGAUCCUCAACUUCUAG